AUGCUGCUGCCGCUGCUGCGGGGCGGCUGCUUCCCUUCCUCCUCUCCCGGCGGCGGCGGCGACAGGGGCGCGGGGGCCGGGCCGGCGGCGCAGCUGCAGCGCGGAGCCCGCGGGCCGCCGGGGCCGCUCGAGCGGGCCGACGCCUGGCGCGGGGCCGAGCCGGGACAGGGGGCGGCGGGCGGCGGCGGGCUGCGGGCCGCGCGGGAGCCGCAUGUGUGCAUGGAUCCGGGCGCCGCGCGGCAGAGGCGGGCCGGGAGCGGCCUGGGCGCAGGCUCCCCGGCGCUGUCGGGCGGCCAGGCCCGCCGGAGGAAGCAGCCGCCCCGGCCGGCCGACUUCAAGCUGCAGGUCAUCAUCAUCGGCUCCCGCGGCGUGGGCAAGACCAGCCUGAUGGAGCGCUUCACCGACGACACCUUCUGCGAGGCCUGCAAGUCCACCGUGGGCGUUGACUUUAAAAUCAAAACUGUAGAGCUAAGAGGAAAGAAAAUCAGAUUACAGAUCUGGGACACGGCAGGUCAGGAGAGAUUCAACAGCAUUACCUCAGCCUAUUACAGAAGUGCCAAGGGUAUCAUACUGGUAUACGAUAUCACCAAGAAGGAGACAUUUGAUGAUUUGCCCAAGUGGAUGAAGAUGAUCGAUAAGUAUGCCUCAGAAGAUGCAGAACUUCUCUUAGUUGGAAAUAAGUUGGACUGUGAAACGGACCGAGAGAUCACCAAGCAGCAAGGUGAAAAGUUUGCACAGCAAAUAACCGGGAUGCGGUUCUGUGAAGCAAGUGCCAAGGAUAAUUUCAAUGUGGAUGAAAUAUUCCUGAAACUUGUUGAUGACAUUCUGAAAAAGAUGCCUCUGGAUAUUUUAAGGAAUGAGUUGUCCAACAGUAUCCUCUCAUUACAACCAGAACCUGAGAUUCCACCAGAACUGCCUCCACCAAGACCCCAUGUCCGAUGCUGUUGAUUUGCUACUUUGGAGACAAAGUGGAAACAAUUCCUGGAAAGGGGAAUAACUCUAUUCUGCACUACAAUCAUUUUGACAAUUUCCUUUCGCACUUUGUAAUCCAAGUCAGAGCUAUACACUAACUUGUAAAUAUGCAAAUAUGCAAUCCUGGGUAAGUUUUGGUUAUAAAUUCCAUAUUUCCCUCCAAAUUACUAUAUUUCAUUCAUAACCCCAGUGUCUAGUGCACAUACACUGGGAAACGUAGUACUUCGAAUAUGAAGAAUGGAAGAAAUACAAGGUAUAAUGUUUCUUGAAAUAAAUAAUAUAAAUGUCCUUGUUAAUUAUAUUAUGAGGACAGAAGCUAUUCUGAUAAGAAGAGAGAAUGUGGUGCUUUGCUUACUGUUUUAAAGAAAAUUUGUAAAACUAAAGACUUUUUGAAAAAUGCUAUCUUAAAGUGCUUUUUCUUUAUUUACAAGACAUUUCCCCCCCCCCCCCAGCUGUAGCAUCUUUGAAGUAUUGGAGUAUUUCUGCCACAAAGCUCAGAUCCAUUUACAGCCAUCAUGUAAGAUUAUUUAUUAAUGUUAUGUAAUUGUAGAAUAUUACUGGUUUAAAGAGACUGAAUUUGACUUGGUCUAAGGCUGCAGAAUUGUUGUCAUGGUUUCCUGACAGACAUACUCUGUACUUUCAAGAACUGCAGAGAUUCAGUAAAGUGUUUUUGAAACUAUAGUAGAUGAUUUUAAAACAAUGCUGCUGCCUGAACAAAUCCUGUUUAAAGGAAUUUUAAAGAGAUACAUUUUACUAUAUCAAAGAGCAUACCUGUAUUUGCCUAAACAUUCUGUACCUUUGUAAUGAUAGGACCUCCCCCUUCUGGUAAAGCUUAUUCCUAGUAAGACUCAACCGUGCUCAUUUUGUUUUGUUUUGUUUUUUUGGCGGGGGGUCUGGUAAUGAAUUUGUGAACUCUGUCUUUGGUAUAUCUUUUAUUAAACUGCACUGUUUUGUUUAGUCAAAGUAAAUAAGUAAUUAUGUAUUUGAAUAACUCGGCGUGUCUUGAGUGUUGUGGUAUUGAGAAGCCUUGUGGUCUUUCUACACUAAUGAAGUACAAAUAAAAUUUUGUAUUUAUGAAUGACA